CACUCAGUCUGGUUUCAACAUGGUUUCAUUAUCUCGUCGAUGAAUUCUUGUACGAAGCGGUCGUCGUGUAUCGGUCUUCACGUAUCAAAUCUCUUGUGGAGCUAUUAGGCAAACGAGGGACGGACGGCAGAUUUCGGGGCGGUUGGGUCAAGUUACUCAUCCUUCAAUGCGACCUCGAUCACAUGGAAACCGAGUUGCAUGAUAUCGACUCGACGCUGUGGGGUUUUCUCGAUGUUUGUCCCAAUAUCAUCAUACUGCGAAUAGUUCCCUGCCGUUCAUACACCGUCGUGUUCCAGACUCAAGGGACGAUAUACCGCGACCGUGAUGUUAGCAUGCCGUUAGUUCUGGUUCAUAACAUCGCCAAUCGACUUGGAGGAAGCCUGCGAGAGUUGGAGACCUCAGUGAAUGUCGAUAUCGAAUCUACAGCUUUCCUGGCCCUACUCAAGGGGCUGCACGGACUUCAAGUGUUUUUAUGCCCGGCUGUAUUCGGCAGCAAGAUCAAGCAGAUCAAGCAGAUCGGAACGACACGAAAAAUAUUCUACAGGGUGAUGUCGUGCUGUCUAAUCUUCAUCCCCUUCGCCUAGAAGAUAUGGUCGACUGUGUCUCCUCCGAGCUCGCGUCUUGGGCACUACCUGCCCUGCGACACUUGGGUCUACCCUAUUUCCCUAACCUGCAUGAAGAAGAAUCGAUAUCCUUCUUUCUGUUCAAGCACAGAAGACACCUAGCGAGCUUCGAUUUCAGCU